AUGGUUACUCCGGCCGCCCUUCCGCCGCUACCCUUCAACCCGUCUCGGGUCCGCUCGUACCUAGUGCGCCUGCCUUUGUUUACGCGAUUGGUCGUUCUCGUCAUUCUUGCAUUCUGGCUGCUGGAACUGCAGACAUUGUGGAGCGUGGUGCAAUGGGGUGCCCUUAUUCCCAAUGAGAUUGGCCUUGGCACAAUGUACCGACUGAACACCUUCCCUUUCAUCCACACCGGUUUCUUCCACGCGCUUUUGAAUGCUCUGGCCCUGACCCCACUGCUGGAGCGGUUCGAAGCGGAACACGGCACUCUGACUUCUAUUGCGCUGUUUGUUGGACCUCUUUCAACUCUACCUGCAGGACUCUACAUUUUGAUUGAGAAGGUUAUUCUGCAUAGCAAUACUUCUGUGGUUGGAUCCAGCGUUUGGGUCUUUUUGCUUCUGGGCUCUGAAGCCAUUCGAACUUUCAAGUCGAACCCGUACUUUAGCCUCGGCCCUUACAAGAUUCCCACCUGGACCUCGCCUCUGUUUGCCUGUGUGGUUCUCUCCAUUCUUGUGUCUAACGUCAGCUUUCUUGGCCACCUUUGCGCCAUCCUGGUAGGCUAUCUAUUCGGACUCGGAUAUCUGAAGGUCUUUGUGCCUCCUGAGAAGGUCCUCCGAUGGAUCGAAGGUAAGCUGAACCUUCUUGGCCGACUGCCGCAUUACAUCUCUGUCGACCAGAAGACCUAUGGUCGCUAUGGCGUUCUUCCCUCGUCUAGCAACCCAGGCAACGUCGCCGGCGGAACUCCCAUGAGCUACUUGGGAUCUACCCAGCGCCUGGGCGCUUGA